GUGUCACGGGGCGGGGCGGGGCGAGCGCAGCGCGGCGCGGCUCUCCGGGCCUGGCUUCCCGGCACCGCAACCUCCGUCUCGUACCGAGUACCGGCGCGGCCCGGUCAGGCCCCAUGUACCGCGCGCUGUAUGCGUUCCGCUCGGCGGAGCCCAACGCCAUGGCGUUCGCUGCGGGCGAGACCUUCCUGGUGUUGGAGCGCAGCAGCACGCACUGGUGGUUAGCCGCACGGGCGCGCAGUGGCGAGACGGGGUACGUGCCGCCUGCCUACCUGCAUCGUCUGCAGGGCAUGGAGCAAGAUGUCCUCCAAGCAAUUGACCGGGCCAUUGAGGCUGUGCACAACACAGCCAUGCGGGAAGGUGGCAAGUACAGCCUGGAGCAGCGUGGAGUCCUGCAGAAGCUGAUCUAUCACCGGAAAGAAACAUUGUCUCGAAGGGGUCCCUCAGCCUCCAGUGCUUCAGUUAUGACCUCAUCCACCAGUGACCACCAUUUGGAUGCUGCUGUAUCUAGGCAGCCCAAUGGGGUGUGUCGAGCUGGGUUUGAACGGCAGCACAGCCUGCCCAGUUCUGAGCAUCUUGGGACGGAUGGAGCCCUCUACCAGGUCCCACCACAGCCUCGCCGAGCAGCACCUGCCACCCCCCCCCCACCAGUGAAGCGCCGAGAUCGCGAGGCCCUGGUGAUCUCAGGGAGCGGUGGCCGCACCUCAAUACCCUCUGGGGGUAGUUCUAUGUCCAGUGGCUCAUCAGUCAGCAGCACCUCCAUGGACACACUCUGUACUGCUUCCAGCCCCUCUGAGCUGGGUCCCAGCUGCUCACCCACACCCCCACCUGUACCUCGCCGAGGUGCCCACACCACUGUGUCCCAGGUCCAGCCCUCUCCCUCCAAGGCACCAUCCCCUGAGCCCCCUGUAGAGGAGGUGGCAGCCGAUACAAACUCUGCCCCUGACGACCUGGAAGCGCUGGAUGCACUGAGCCUGGAGACCACAGAGGAGAAGCCAGCUGCUGAGAGAGUCGUGCCAAGGACCAUUGGGGCAGAGCUGAUGGAGCUCGUGCGGAGAAACACCGGCCUGAGUCAUGAAUUAUGUCGUGUGGCCAUCGGUGUCGUGGUGGGCCACAUACAGGCCUCCGUACCAGCCAGCUCACCCGUCAUGGAGCAGGUCCUCCUCUCGCUGGUGGAGGGCAAGGACCUGAGCACAGCCCUACCUUCAGGACAGAUCUGCCACGACCAGCAGAGACUCGAGGUGAUCUUUGCAGACCUAGCUCGAAGAAAGGACGACGCCCAGCAGCGCAGCUGGGCGCUGUAUGAGGACGAGGAUGUCAUCCGCUGCUAUUUGGAAGAACUAUUGCAUAUCCUGACUGAUGCAGACCCUGAAGUUUGCAAAAAAAUGUGCAAAAGGAAUGAGUUUGAGUCUGUCCUGGCCUUGGUGGCCUAUUACCAAAUGGAACACCGAGCGUCGCUGCGGCUGCUGCUCCUCAAAUGCUUCGGUGCCAUGUGCAGCCUAGAUGCAGCGAUCAUCUCCACACUUGUAUCAUCCGUGCUGCCUGUGGAAUUGGCACGAGACAUGCAGACCGACACACAGGACCACCAGAAGCUCUGCUACUCGGCUCUCGUCCUGGCCAUGGUCUUCUCCAUGGGAGAGGCAGUGCCCUAUGCACACUAUGAACACCUGGGCACACCCUUUGCCCAGUUUCUGCUAAGCAUCGUUGAGGACGGCCUUCCACUGGACACCGCAGAGCAGCUGCCAGACCUCUGCAUGAAUCUGCUUCUGGCUCUGAAUCUGCACCUGACAGCUCCUGACCAGAACGUCAUCAUGGCUGCCUUGAGCAAACACACCAAUGUUAAGAUCUUCUCCGAGAAGCUGCUUUUGCUUCUGAACAGAGGGGAUGAUCCUGUGCGUAUCUUCAAACAUGAGCCGCAGCCACCACACUCUGUCCUCAAGUUCCUGCAGGAUGUCUUCAGCAGCCCUGCCACUGCUUCCAUCUUCUACCACACAGACAUGAUGGCACUUAUUGACAUCACUGUGCGGCAGAUUGCGGACCUGUCACCUGGAGACAAGCUGCGCAUGGAGUACCUCUCCCUGAUGCAUGCUGUGGUUCGCUCCACACCCUACCUGCAGCACCGCCAUCGGCUGUCAGACCUGCAGGCUACGCUGCGGCGCAUCCUGGCCGAGGAAGAGGCCUCACCCCAGUGCCAGAUGGAUCGCAUGAUUGUCCAGGAGAUGUACAAGGAGUUCCCAGAACUGGGAGAGGUCCCCAGCUAGCACUUCUCUUUUCUCCCUUCUCUGCAGCCCUGGUCAGGGUGCAGGGAACUCAGGGGCUUUGCUCUAAGAAUGUUUUGCACAGACAUUAUGAGGGGAUAAAAAACUAGAAGGGACCGGAGCCGGGCCCCUUACCUGAAGUAGAGUCAGUGUAAGGGGCCAAGUGUAGGAUUGGGGACCACAGUCUGGGAACUAUAUUGGGGCAGAGGAAAUGUGCAAGCUGAAGACCCUCUGUUUGCUGAUAGGCUGCCUCUUCAGCAUGCCACCCAAUCCCCCAUACCCAUGUGCAUACCCAAAGUCCUGCUGCUGCUCCAGGCUGGGCCACCGCCAUCCCUACCCACUGCCUGGUCUGAGUCUUGAGCCUCAGUAAGCCAUGUCCUUAGGGUGAGGGGAGGCACCUCCCGCCAGCUCUGUUCUUUGCCUUAGCUUUGCAGUGAGUGUUGCUCAUGUGCAGCCCUUACCCCGUUAGGGACUGCUGUCCCCCGGACCCCUACUUUCAACCCCAGAGGCCUUGGCUAGGCUGCUGCCUUGAAAGCGGGAUCUUUGAGACAGGCCAUUCAUCCUGGAACCUCAUGGAACAGGAUGAUGGUGCUCAGAAAGCCAAUGACAGAAUCUAUUUUCUCUGGGAAAAAAAAAAAAAAAAAAAAAAGUAGACCGAAAGCCAUGUGUAUUUUCCUAUGUGCUACAGCUCUCCUUCAGAAAUAAAUUCCAGGCAUCAGGAAUCGGGCUUCCCUGUAUGAUCCUGGGGGCGGGGGGCGGUGUGAGUGGGGCAGAUGGGCCUCAGGACCUCACUGCUUCAGCUUAUACUGACAUCUGCAGUCCAAAGAAGUGAUGGGCCUUGACAAGACUGGCCUCUGUAGUCCUAAGGGUCCUAUCCAGCCUUCUAUGGCCCAGUCAACCAAGUGACCCUGGGACACACUUGUAGGUAUCUAUCUCUUGAGUUUCAUUUAUAUCUUUUUGCUGGCCAUGGUGGUGCACACCUUUAAUUCUAGCACUUGGGAGGCAGAAGCAGAUGGAUACCCACAAUCAGCCUAGUUUACAUAGUUCCAGGCCAGCCAGGGCUACAUAGUGAGAUCUUGUCUCACCAGAAAUGAAAAAUAAAGUUAUCUAGUCCUGCACAGUUA